AUGAAAAAGCUCCUCAGAGGAAUACAGGAAUCGAUCCUGACUCGACUCCUACGGAAACAAGUCUUCCGGGAGACUUUAAUACGGUAUCUGGCACAGGACGACUUGGUAUGCUGUCGUCUUGUCUGUCGGACCCUCGCCGUCCAACUCGCCCCGUAUCUAUUUGCGAAUAUCACCAUUGUCUUCCGCAGUCGCACUCUGACUCGACCGUCACGCAUAUCGGCCCUCGAGCGCAUUGGUACCCACAUCCAGACUAUGACUUUUACGAUGCCACACACAGCCGAAACCUUUCUGCCGCCGGUGAUCGAUCCGGUCACGGGGAGAGAGAUGAACUUCAUCUACAUGCCCCAACACCAGCAAAUGACACACCGGAGUCCAAAAUACGGCACAUGGGAGAUGACCAGCUGGCUGGUUCAGCAAUACCCGCCCGUGUUCCAUGCUGCGACUGACAUUCCCUCCUUUGUACGCGCAUUGUCCAUGAUGGAGAACUUACGCCACCUUCGGAUCAACUGUGCUGGCCAACUACCCAGCCAUCGCUACCGGCGAAGUGCAGUAGACUAUGCAUUAAUUUCGUUACGCAUAGCCAUUGAAAGAGCGCCAAGGAUAGCAUUGGAUACUGUGUCGUUGCAAUCAGUUCACCCUGCGGCGGUGUUCUACCUACAGCCCAAUGGGGGGUUUGGUGCCUCGCCUGCGUCGCGUAAGCGCUGGUCCCAGGUUCGACACCUGACUGUCCAUAUGGAAAGCUUCCCCCACCAUGUGGGGUUACCCACGGAUCAUUUCAAGCUUAUCCAUGCGUAUCUGCAGAGCUUCUCCGAGCUGAGGACAUUGGCAUUCCAUUGGAUCGGCGAGAGGGGACCUUCCCCAGUGUCACUAGCGACGGAACAAAAAUUGCCAACUGCGGCCUGUGCCUGUCCGGUAUCCAUCCAAUGCACCUCCGGUUCCGAAGGGCCGGGUCGGAGCAGGCGGUUGAUAUAUGGUUUCUUGCAACAACUGGAGCUAUUCAACGUGACAAUGGAUGCAUCUCAGGUUGCAGCAUUCAUCCUGGAUCAUCGGCAUUCGCUAUCUGACUUAAAUCUUCGUGAUAUCACUCUGCGCCGGGGUACUUGGGCGGAUGCACUGGCUCCAUUGACAUGGCUGGGCGGCAGUGACAGAUGGAAGCAAGAGCAGCGUCAGGACGGUGGCGAUGACGUUUUACCCACCAUGAGGAACAUCGCAAGCGCUGGCUAG